UAGUGAUGGGACUAUCUUUUGGACUGGGGGUUCCUGGUAACGUAGCAGUGCUGGUGAUGCUCGUCCGACGCUUGAAGGAAAAGAACUUCACCCUCCGUCUGAUGCUGAGUCUGGCGAUAUCGGAUCUCCUGACUCUUCUUCCACUGCCGGUGUGGAUCUGGGCUCUUCUUCAUGACUGGAUCUUUGGUUCUGUUGCUUGCAAGACCGUCUCCUACAUUGGAUAUUGGUGUGCUUUCUGUAGCACAUUUUGUGUAACCCUGAUGAGCUUCCAGAGAUACAUGCAGGUGCUGCAUCCUCAGAUAUGGGCCAAACUUGGAGACCAUGGAGAGAAGGGUCUUCUGGCUGGGAUCUGGAUAGUGAGUGGGCUGUUGGCUUCAUAUAUUCCCGUCCAGCGUGACGUAGGUUGUACACCAUAUGGAUUCCAGUACUGUUAUCAACAGUUUAAGAGUGAUUCAGAGAAAUUACAGACUUCACUCUUAGAAAUGUUUCAGUUCUUCAUCUGCUUCUUCUUGCUGGCUAUCUUCUACUAUUGUCUUCAUCGAGGGGUCAAUCAAUCACCUUUCUUCAGUAGCAACAGAUUGACUAAGUUGGUGACGCUGAUCGUCUUGGCUUUCUUCAUGUUUUACGCUGCGAUUCCCCUUGUGAACAUCUUAAAUAUCAUUGCGAUUUCACUGGAGAAUGAAAGUCUUCUGAAAACAUUUGAACUUGCUGGAAGACUGGCCAGGGCAAUAACAUUCCUGAGCGGCUGUGUGAACCCUUUUCUGUACAAGUUCUCUUUUAGAGGGCAGCAUACUAGAAGUUCUUCGACAUUGCACACUUGAUUAAUUUCUGGAAGUGUUCCUGAGUGAGUUCCAUGCAGUGAUUUCCAGUACAGAUUCAGUACAACUUGUAUUAAAUGCAGUUCACACCUGAGGGCCCAAAGAUCACCAGCAUCCAGCACUGACUGUUGACCUCACCCCUUGCACACAGGGAUUUUGAUAUUAUGCACUGUGUAGAUGGUGGGAUAUAUAAUUAAACUUUUUUCUGAAGUAGUUUUGAACAGUUUAUUGGAAAUUGGAGAACCUCAACCCA